AUGGAUACCUUUGGCCAAGAACUGGAGCUCGACUCUAAUGAGAGUGUAGCGGAGGAAGACGAUCAGGAGGUCAAAAUCGAAGCAUUCAACCUUAAGCAAGAGACGGAGGAAGGGGUGUUUGAUCAAGAUGGCAACUACGUGCGGACGAAGGAAGAAAGCGAAGACGAGGACUGGCUAAAUGAUGUGAAAAAGGAAGACAUCCAGAAGGCUCGUGCGGCUGAAAUGCGACAGGACGAGGAGAGACGGAAACUGAAAGACCAAAAGGCUCGGCGAUUGCGGUCUGCUAAUGUGAAUGAGGUUAUAGGACAACUUUCUGAGCUGAUGGAGCCGGCAGAAAGUGUGGUAGAACUACUACAACGGCUAAACGGUGAGGCAAGAAGGCUAAAAAAAAAAGGUCAGAAGGAGGACGAAAAACGCGUACGAGAGCAAAUUUCGCAGGUGAUGAGCGCAAUUGAGGUUUUAGAAGAUGGCUUUGCAGAGAUUUACGAAGUGACGAGAGAGGAACUAAUGCGGAAAUUGCCCACUGCCCCGGCUUCCGAGCGCAAACGAAAAAGAGAGGACCCAAGUGCCGAGCUGUGGUAUUAUCGAUGGCCCGGACAGAACGAAAUUUAUGGUCCCUAUGACUCAGCCACAAUGGAAGCGUGGCGUGAAGCGUAUUUUGUCGAUAACCCGGUGGAAUACCGGAGAGGGAAUGAACCAUUUAGAUUGCUCGAUGAUUCCACAAUGUUCCUGUAA